CUUCCCAAAAUGCAAAAAUAGACAGUCAGUCCUAACGUCGGGCGUGAAGUGUCUCUUAAGCUGUGAAAGAAUGAGGAUGAGCUUUGGGUUAACAUUCAGGACGGCGAAAGGCCGCUGGAUGGCGAACCUCAACCGGCAGAGCUCAGGUGGAUCUAUUGGAUUAUUUGUGCCACCGAGUCCUCCUCUGGACCCUGAGAAGGUCAAAGAAUUACAGCGCUUCAUCACCCUUUCCAGGAGACUCCUAGUGAUGACCGGGGCGGGAGUCUCCACCGAGUCGGGGAUCCCAGACUACAGGUCAGAAAAGGUGGGGCUGUACGCCCGCACGAACCGGAAGCCCAUCCAGCAUGGGGAUUUUGUGCGGAGUGCUCCAGUCCGCCAGCGGUACUGGGCGAGAAACUUUGUGGGCUGGCCUUGGUUCUCCUCCCACCAGCCCAACCCUGCACACUGGGCUUUGAGCAACUGGGAGAGACUGGGAAAACUGUACUGGUUGGUGACCCAAAAUGUGGAUGCCUUGCACACCAAGGCGGGGAGUCGGCGCCUGACGGAACUCCACGGAUGCAUGCACAGGGUCCUCUGCUUGGACUGCGGUGAGCAGACGCCCCGCACGGCGCUGCAGGAGCGUUUUGAAGUCCUGAACCCCACCUGGAGUGCCGAGGCCCAUGGCCUGGCUCCCGACGGGGAUGUCUUCCUCACCGACGAGCAGGUACAGAGCUUCCAGGUCCCGUGCUGCUCUCGCUGUGGAGGCCCCCUGAAACCAGACGUCGUCUUCUUUGGGGGCACGGUGAACCCUGACAAGGUUGAUUUUGUGCACAAGCGUGUAAAAGAAGCCGACUCCCUCCUGGUGGUGGGAUCCUCCUUGCAGGUGUACUCCGGUUACAGGUUUAUCCUCACUGCCUGGGAGAACAAGCUACCGAUCGCAAUCCUGAACAUCGGGCCCACGCGGUCGGACGACUUGGCGUGUUUGAAACUGGAUUCUCCAUGCGGAGAGUUGCUGCCUUUAAUAGACCCGCACUGACCACAGCCGGAUGUUCUCGAGCAAGAACCUGGGACGUUCCCUUGAAUUCCGCUGCUAAUGGUAAAAUGCCUUCUCAGGUAUCAGACUCCAGUUCCCACUCAACUGGGAGCACCGACGAGAGAGAAGGUUCUAGGCUUCUUAACAUAUGGGCAUUCUUAAUUAAAACUAAUUUUUAAUGUACAUUAAGUUAUAUUGUUCGAAAGACUGUGAUUUUCCAGAUUCUAGGCACAUAGCUAUUUAAGACAAUGUUCCAAAAUAUGCCAUUGUCUUUUUUUCCCCAUUUUUAAAAAACAGCUUUAUUGAGAGAUAAUUCACAGACCAUAAAGUUCAUCCUUUAAAAGCAUACAAUCAACAUGUUUUAGUACACUCAGGAAGGCACAGGUUAAUCACCACUGUCUAAUUCCACAACGUUUUCAUCAUCCCAGGAAGAAACCUUGGACCCAUUAGCAAUUCCCCAUUCCCCACUCCCCCAGUCCCAGGCAACAACUAAUCUUUCUGUUUUUGCCUAUUCUGGACAUUUCAUACAAUAUAUAGCCUUUUAUGUCUGGCUUCUCCACUUAGCAUAAUGUUUUCCAGGUUCAUCCAUAGUGUAGCAUGUCAGUACUUUGUAUCGGUUUUAACCUAUGAAUACAACCACUUU